UUAAGGUACGACACAUAAUAACGUUCAAUAACCAUGUCUAAAUUAUAUUUCAAAAUUUUUGUGUUUAUUCUUACAAUUACACUUCCAUCCAAUUUUACUAGUGCAGAAUAUGGGAAAAUUAAAGGAGGAAGAGCUGCUAAAGCUGGAGAAUUUCCCUUUAUCGGUCAUAUAACAUUCCAGACUGAAAAUAACAUGGGGAACGUAUGUGGAUGCUCGUUAGUAACCACGUCAAAAGUUGUUACUGCGGGUCAUUGUGUAAUGGAAUGGGUCAACGGCCAAAGAAAAAUCCACGACGUUAAAACAGGAUUGGUAUUUUUUGGUACGUUAUAUCUCAUGUCGGAUGAUGGUCAACAAUCAGCCGUUGAGUCGGUGAAGUAUCCGAAGGAAAUAAGAAAGAAAAAAUUAGGUGGUGUUAUGCACGAUUAUGCCACCGCCACUCUUGUUACGCCUUUAAAAAUUACCGACACAGUACAGCUGAUGAAAGUUUAUUCCACAGACAAGACAGAGUUUAAACACGGUUGGGAUGAGAUGGUGGCAUCGGAGGCUCCGUGCGUAAUUAUUGGGUGGGGAGCAACCGACUUCAAACUCGUCAAUAAAACGACGUUAGUAUCCUCGGGUGUCAAUAAAUUCUUGAAAACUACCUUGGUUCAUACGUGGGAUGAGGAGAGAUGUGCAAGGUUUGCAGGCCCGCCGCAAGAUAACAUGUUGGCAUUUGGAGAAAUUUGCCUUUUGGGUGUUACUCACGGCGAAACUACACUUCCAGGAGAUUCCGGAGGUCCGUUGAUGUGCGGUGACUACGUCUGGGCUGUGUGUUCGUCAAUGUUCGUUGAUGCCAGUGGAACAAAACCAUUUCAUUUUCUUUUACAUUGGCAUUAUUUGAACGAAUAUCUGUACCCAAUGGGUUCUUCGGGCUCAACAAUUCGUCCAGAAAUUUCAAUUCCUCUGUUUUUCAUAAUUUUGUUCUUGAGAUAAAAAUUGUCAGUACAAGUAGAUAAAAUAACAAAGCGACUCUACUAAAUCACCUAAAUAAACUAUUACAACUACUUCUCAAUUCAAUGCGUUAA